UUAUAAUUUAUGAAAACCCACCAAUCCGCAGUCUCCACGUGGCAAAUCCAUUACAUUUGUUUAACUUAGUUGUGUGCAAGUGUAACUGUGUAGUGUGUUGUGUACCCACUCGUUUCCGGCAACGGCACAAGUUACAAAAUCCACAACCGCCACCUUCACCUUCACCUUCACGGCUUCAUGACCAAAAUUCUAAGAUCUCUUGUGCUCAACACUCAAAGAUGAUGAUGCUGUGUUUGGGUAAAUUCACUGGAUUCUCAAUAAAUCCAAUUCAUCUCUGCGAUUCCACCAGAUUCGUACAGCAUCGCCAUGUGAACUUGAAAUUCAGAUCAACAUGGAGAUGGCGCGUCAUGGCUCAAGAUUCCUCUUCCUCUGAAUCUUCUUCUUUUGCAAUUGAUUCUGAUACUUCCGACAAAAACGCUUCUGCUCCUGGAUUCUGCAUCAUAGAAGGUCCAGAAACAGUACAAGACUUUGCCAAGAUGGAACUCCAAGAGAUUCAGGAUAACAUUCGGAGUCGGAGGAACAAAAUUUUUCUCCAUAUGGAAGAGGUUCGUAGGCUUAGGAUACAACAAAGGCUGAAAAAUGCUGAACUUGGAAUUUUAACAGAAGAGCAGGAGAACGAACUUCCUAACUUCCCAUCAUUUAUUCCAUUCUUGCCCCCUUUGACUUCUGCAAACCUGAAGCAAUAUUAUGCAACCUGUUUUUCUCUCAUUGCCGGGAUAAUUCUUUUUGGCGGUCUCCUUGCACCCACUUUGGAGCUUAAGCUUGGGCUAGGGGGCACAUCUUAUGCAGAUUUUAUUCGAAGUGUACAUCUGCCUAUGCAGUUGAGUCAGGUUGAUCCGAUAGUGGCGUCAUUUUCCGGAGGAGCAGUUGGAGUGAUCUCAGCUUUAAUGGUUGUUGAGAUAAAUAAUGUAAAACAGCAGGAGCAGAAAAGAUGCAAAUACUGUCUUGGUACCGGAUAUCUUGCAUGUGCCCGCUGUUCAAGCACAGGAGCCCUGGUUCUGAUUGAACCAGUCUCCACGGUCAAUAGUCGAGACCAGCCUUUAUCGCCACCAAAAACUGAGAGAUGUUCUAAUUGUUCAGGAUCUGGCAAGGUUAUGUGUCCAACAUGUCUCUGCACUGGAAUGGCCAUGGCAAGCGAACAUGAUCCUCGAAUUGACCCUUUUGAUUAGAGGUUUAAUACCGAUAACUAUACCCCGCAGGCAAUUUGAAUUGUAAAAUUUGUGAUAUUUCAGUUGCAGAACAAUAGAUAGAAUUUCUGUAAAUAUGUAUAAAGUCAAAAGAAAGAGAUCAACAAUUAGAAGUCUGUUUUAAUUGAAUUGAGAGGAGAAAAAAGAAAGAGAGAAAAAGAAAGACGAGCAGGAAGUGGAAAAAGAGAGGAGGAGGGGGAUGGUUUUGCAAACUUUGACAAGCAAAACUCAAUGGUCCUAAGAUAUUGGUAAGUGACUUGAAACAGUUCCUAGGUGUUUUAACUGGCAUGUAGUCAUAGACCGCCGUGUCACAGUUGUGUAAUGGAGUAAUAAAUAUAUUGAUCAAUGACAUGUGAUGCACUGUUUGGGUCUCGGUCAA